GUCACCAUAUUCGUAGUCAGAGAUUGUGCUCCUUUCUAAUGUUCCGUGAUUGUUACCUAUCUCUUGAUCUUCACACUUUUCUAAGCUUAGCCGGCGUUAGAAGAAAAUCGUCCGAGGUCGGUGUGGACCGCGGAGAGGCAGUGGUCAGCAGUGGUGGUGUGGAUAGUGUGAAGCUGUCAGAAUUUGACGCUUGUGAAGCUGGCGAUAAUAGAUUGAUAAGCCGGAUUUGCAAUUCGUCGAUUGUCGUAUGAAAUUGCGGUAUUCCUAGGUGUAUUUUUGCUCAUUUAUUGUUACUCUGGGUAAGCAUCAGUGUUAUCAAUAUUUCACCAGAAUUUGAAUAAGGAUAUCCGCAUAUCCGCAUAAGAUGGGACACUUUUGGUCAAUUGGCUUGAUAAUUUUCGUACUGACUGUGGUUCUCUUGGCUGUCAAACAGUUCUUUUGGCACGGCCGGCAAAAGCAAAUCAGAAACAAACAUGUCGUGGUUACCGGAGGCUCUAGCGGCAUUGGAAAAUGUAUUGCAAUAGACGCAGCUCGUCGAGGAGCGCACGUCACGAUAAUAGCAAGAGACCUGAAAAAGUUGGAAGCGGCCAAGCACGAAAUAUUGCAGGCAUGCAAACACAAAGAUGUGCAGAAGGUGGAGUGCGUAUCUUUAGACAUUGGAAGCAAUUAUGAAAAUGUUGAGAAAACUUUCAACACCAUCGAACGCACCAUUGGUCCCAUCUACAUGCUGAUUAACUGUGCAGGCACAGCUAUCUGUGGAAAAAUCGAAGACACUACAGUUGACAAUCUAAAACACAUGAUUAAUCUCAAUUUCAUGGGAACAUAUUAUUGCAUUAAGGCUGUAAUAUCACGUAUGAAGAGUGCCAAUGAAGGAAUCAUAGUGCUGACAUCGUCACAAGCUGGUCUCUUGGGUAUCUUUGGUUUCUCAGCAUAUGGGAGCACAAAGUUUGCCCUUCGAGGCUUGGCAGAAAGCCUGGCAAUGGAAGUAGCGCCCCAUAAUAUUUCAGUGACGCUAUCCUUCCCUCCAGAUACUGACACUCCAGGAUUUUCAAUUGAAGAACAAAAUAAGCCCUUGGAAACUAAGUUAAUAUCCGCAGGAUCGGGGCUUUUCACACCUGAAGCCGUUGCUGAGCAACUGAUGAAGGAUUCUCUGAGUGGGAAAUUUUUCUCAACGAUAGGCCUAGACGGUUUCAUCUUGGUCACACUCUGCGCAGGGAUGUCCCCAUUCUCUUCGAUCUAUGAAUUAUUGCUGCAAUCAUUACUGGCAGGAAUACUGAGACUAGUUGGAGCCUGCUACCUAAUUUCAUUCCAAAAAAUUAUUUUAGACUGUAUGAAGAAUCGUGACAAAAACAAGAAAUCAGAGUAAAUAUAUCAUGUAUCCAAUGAAAAUGAACUCUUGGUUCCGUUUUUCUCUUGAUUCUUACAAUGCAUAAUUGAUACUGAAUAUUUGAAACGCCUUCUUGUUACGAAGGGAUAGGUAUUUAUUUUUAACAGACAAACUGUAUUAGUUUUAUAUUAUAUGUGUAUUCAUACCCGAUAUAUUGCGCAAAACUAUGGCUCGUUUAGAAAGAGUGCACAAAAUAUAGGUUCGUCAAACAGUAUAUAUUUAUCCGUAUUUUUUAUAUUGGUACAAAUGUUUGUGUCUACUUCGUCAAUGAAUAAACAAAAUUAUUUUCUCUGA